UCCCUUGCUGUGGGAGGUUAGCGAUGCGCGGCGCAGUGCAGCGCAGCAAUAGACCCGUCCGUUUUUUCUGCUCAACACGUUCCCGACACAUCUCCCUGGCCUAUCCCCGUCUCUCCUGCUACAGCGUCCUCACACACUGCCUUGAGCUACCUGAGGGAAAGGGCACUCCGCCACAAAUAAAUCUGCGUUAAAAGUGGACGAUUUUCGCGCAGUAUGGUGCGGUAAACAUCGCUGUUUACUUCGCUAACGAGGACGACAACGCUGAGCGAGAUGGUAGACGUAUAGAGGAGCCUCUCUGCCCAUCGGAUCGCACGGUCUCCGCUCUGCCCAGCCUGCUGCAUCGCCGAGCGGCCUGUAAAGCACAACAUGUCGACUAGAACGCCAUUGCCGACUGUGAAUGAACGUGAUACUGAGAAUCACUCGUCGGACGGCUUCGUGGAGCCCCCCGUCCCGCCCACCAAGUCGGCCAGCCGCCACAGCCUGCCGCGAUGCCGAAACUCCCUGACCUCCACCGAGGAGCACCCCCACAUCGGCAACUACCGGCUCCUCAAGACCAUCGGCAAGGGGAACUUCGCCAAGGUCAAGCUCGCGCGGCACGUCCUCACAGGCCGAGAGGUGGCUGUGAAGAUCAUAGACAAGACCCAGCUGAACCCCACUAGUCUACAGAAGCUGUUCAGGGAAGUCCGAAUAAUGAAGAUACUGAAUCAUCCAAACAUCGUGAAGUUGUUUGAAGUGAUUGAGACGGAGAAGACUCUGUACUUGGUGAUGGAGUACGCCAGCGGCGGAGAGGUAUUUGACUACUUGGUGGCCCACGGACGGAUGAAAGAGAAGGAAGCCAGGGCCAAGUUCCGACAGAUUGUGUCUGCAGUGCAGUACUGUCACCAGAGGAGGAUCGUGCACAGGGAUCUGAAGGCAGAGAACCUGCUUCUCGACGCCGACAUGAACAUCAAGAUCGCGGACUUCGGCUUCAGCAACGAGUUCACGCUGGGCAGCAAGCUGGACACCUUCUGCGGCUCCCCGCCCUACGCCGCCCCGGAGCUCUUCCAGGGCAAGAAGUACGACGGGCCCGAGGUGGACGUCUGGAGCCUGGGGGUCAUCCUGUACACGCUGGUCAGCGGCUCGCUGCCCUUCGACGGGCAGAACCUCAAGGAGCUGAGGGAAAGGGUCCUGAGGGGGAAGUAUCGCAUCCCUUUCUACAUGUCCACCGACUGUGAAAACCUGCUGAAGAAACUGCUGGUGCUCAACCCCGUCAAGAGAGGCAGUUUAGAGCAUCCAGUCCACUCUUCUCUGUUUAACCUCAAAACAUCCAGUACAUGUAUACCUCCACCACCACCACCACCGCAAAUCAUGAAAGACCACUGGAUGAACGUGGGCCACGAGGAAGAGGAGCUGAAGCCCUACACGGAGCCCGAGACCGACUUCAACGACGGAGCAAGGAUAGAGCUGAUGAUAACCAUGGGCUUCCCUAAAGAUGAGAUCACAGAGUCUCUGCUGGGCCAGAAGUAUGAUGAUGUCAUGGCCACCUACCUUCUGCUUGGCCGGAAAGCUCCAGAGUUCGAGGGCAGCGAGCCCCUGGCUGCCGGCGUGCUUGGUCAGCGCCAGCGGCCCAACAGCGACAUCAACAACAGCUCCAGCGUCUCGCCCGCCCACCCCAAGGUCACACGCAGCAUCUCGGCCAAUCAGAAGCAGCGGCGCUACAGCGAUCAUGGUGGGGAUGAGGAAGGUGGAGGUGGUGGUGGUGGAGGUGGUGUUGGUGGUGGGGAUGUCGUAGCCAAGCCAAUGGGUCCGUCCGUGCCCCCGGCGGCGGCCUACUCGAAGCGCGGCCAGGCGCUGAGCGUGGAGAGCGACCACCGGGAGGAGUGGGACGGGGCGCGACGGCUGGAGCUCAACACCUCCAAGGGCGACGUCCCCGCCUCACCACUAGGGGUGCAGGAGAGGAAGAAGACCACCAGCGCCGUCGGGACAAAUGGCUCGAUGACGAGGAGGAACACGUAUGUGUGUGAGAGGUCCUCCACUGACCGCUACUCUGCCGCCAUCCCCAAUGGCAAGGACAGCAGUCUGACGGAGGUUUCUGGAAGCACCCCAUCGACCGCUCCCAGUUCCACGCGUCCCCGCCACACCAAGUCCAUGUCUGCGUCGGGGCACCCCUCCAAGAGCACCCUGCCCCCCAUAGAGGACAACACCGAGCUCAAGGCCAGCUCCUCACCGCGGGGCCCCUCCAGCUCCCCGUCGGCCCACAGCAUCAGCACCCCGGAGAAGAACCGCUUCCCGCGCGGCACCACCAGCCGCAGCACCUUCCACGGGGCCCAGCUCCGGGACCGCCGCAGCGCCACCUACAACGGGCCCCCGGCCUCGCCCACCCUCUCCCACGACACGGGGGCCCUCGCCCAGCAGCGCAGGGGCACCUCCACCGGCAUCAUCGGCAAGAUCACCUCCAAGUUUGUGCGCAGGGUGCCUAGUGAGGGAGAGGCGAGUGCCAGGAGUGAAACACCGAGAAGUGCGUCGGGGGACAGUAAGGACGAGGCGGGCCGGGACUCCAAGCCGCGCUCGCUGCGCUUCACCUGGAGUAUGAAGACCACGUCCUCCAUGGAGCCCGCCGACAUGAUGCGGGAGAUCCGCAAGGUGCUGGACGCCAACAGCUGCGACUACGAGCAGCGCGAGCGCUUCCUGCUGUUCUGCGUGCACGGCGACGCGCGCCAGGACAACCUGGUGCAGUGGGAGAUGGAGGUGUGCAAGCUGCCCCGCCUCUCGCUCAACGGAGUGCGCUUCAAGCGGAUAUCGGGCACGUCCAUCGCCUUCAAGAACAUCGCCUGCAAAAUCGCCAACGAGCUCAAACUGUGACGUGCGCCUUGACGGAAGGCAAUCCGCCGGGCGGGUGGGCGGGCCGGCCGGCGGUGGGUCCCCCCCCACCUCUUCUCACCUCUCUCUCUCUCUCUCGCUCUCUCUCUCUCGCUCUCUCUCUCUCGGUCUCUCUCUCUCUCUGUCUCUCUGUCUGUGGUGGGGGGGGUCCCGCUCAUUUCAUGAACUAACUUGCAUUGGUGUUGACAAGCGGCGGGCACUGGGGGACCUUACCGCGCACAAUCAGGUUGGACCGGAGCCGGGCCGGCCGGAAGCCGCAGCAGCGCAGGCCGUGAAUGUAACUGACUGUACAGGGUAGCGGGUCAGAGAGAGGCCUGUCGGUGGGUUUCAAGACGAAGAGAAGACAAAAAAAUAACUGACAACUGUACUCCUUGCUUUCUUCCGUCCAUUUCCCUCUCUCUUUUCUCCUCUUUUCUCUCUCUCUCUCGCUCUCGCUCUCUCUCGCUCUUUUUCCUUUCUUUAUUUCUCGCUCACUCACAAUCUCAUUCUCUCGCUAUCAAUCUCUCAAUCUCUCUCUCUCCCCCUCUUCACGCAACACACGCAGUAUGCAACUGAAGACGACCAUUCCCGCAAUAAUGUUUUGCAUCUCUUUUUCUAACAGGCUAACAACGAGAUCUAAUCACCCUGCCCCGUCCCCCUCGCUGAAUAACCAUUUAAAAUGACUGAAAGCUCAACUAAACUAAAUAGCCGCUUUUCCACCCGUGUUAAAUCCGUAUAUAGAUCAGGCUGGGAACCCUUAAUAAAAACUAUGUUAAAAAAAAAGUUAACAAGGAUUAAGAAAUGUACUGUAUGCGUUACACCUGCAGGUACUGUAUUAUAUAUUGGUUUUGAGUUCUGUACAGGAUUUAUUGUCAAUACUGUGUCUUUAUUUUUCUCUUCUUCGUUUUCUUGACAUUUGAGUUCUGUCCUGCUAUAAUUGAUGUACCUUUUAGAACAUUUUAUCCUUUCUGCUCGGUGAGAUUUUUAAUUUCCUCUUUCUACGGGUCAUCGCGUACGAAAGAAGAAGCAUAGUGUUUUACUUUUUGGUUUAAAACAGCACUAAAUUAUUUUGUGGAGUACUGUGGGACGUGUUCGUUCUCACUCCCUCUUGCCUUUUAUUUUUUUCUCUAAACUGUUCAGUUGCUCCCAUUUUGUCCGCUUAAGGAAAACACAACACUGUCCCGCCAACAUAGAGGCCAGCCCUGUUUUCAGCUCACACUGAACAUGGGUUAACUUUAUCGUUUUUAUUUUCUUCUUCUUCUUUCCUCUCCUCUUCUUGUUUUUCCUCUCGGCAGCCGGUUGGGUGACAUGAAGAAAGCCUGCUGCAGUUGCACAACUUUUCCAGGAGUAAUUCUAUAUUGGACAUGAGAGUGCGCACAUCACUUUUCUUUCAUGUCGGUCGCUAAAUUUCCUUUUUAAAGCAGGAUUUGAAUUAAUAUUCUUCAGAGGCAGAGCGCGAGAGAGAGAGCGAGGAGGUCAGCAGGUCCAAAGGCAUGCCGAUGCUAAAUAAUCAAUCAUCAUAAUGGAUUGGGAAAGGAAAGAAGACUCUCUCUCUCUUUCUCUCACUCGCUCUCUCUUCUAAGAGCCUAAUUCAGUCGCUGCACCAGUGUUCCAAUGCAGCUCCUUUUUAUUUUCAUUUUACUUUCCUUUUGAAAUUCCCCAUGCUUGUUUAAUAUUUUUUUAUUUCUUUUUUUUAAGCAUAUUUGGUUAUAUUUAUUCCAUUACAUUGUAAUGUGCUGCUUUGUAGAGUUUGAGGCGUGCACUUUGUUGCAGAAAAUAAAAAGGAUUUUAUUUGUUUGUAUUCAAUA